UUCAACACAGCGGACCAACAAGCUGCUGUGGUCUGUGGCACAUUCACGGGAAUAAAACGACGGCUUGGUUUUCUGCAAUAUUGCUGGAUUGUCGGAGCUGCGGGGAUGUGUGCUUGAGACGUCUCAGUUGUAACGAAAAGAGGGGGGAAACGUACAUAUCACCGAUGUGAAAAAGGCAGCGUCCCCUCCUGUCUACCUGCAGCUGAUCUGCUGCAUUUGGCUUUGGAGGACUGAGACUGCUGCAGCUGCAAAUCUCAUCAUCAUCAUCAUCAUCAACAUCAUCAACAUCUGCCACUUCAAAUACGACAAGACACAAGAGGACACAGGCUGCGCUUUGGCUGAUCAAAGCGCCAGCAGUCAGAAAGGACCUGUAGACGAUGACUCCAGCAGAGAUGCUUGCUUGAACGCAGCAUGAGAUGACUGAGGGCUAACAUACCACUCGCUGAUACGAGCUUUUUCUGUUUGCCGCUGAUGAAAAUGUUCCAGUGUGUCAGUUGACUGACAGGGUCGCAGUGGUGUUCUAGCCCACGCCAUAGCCAGCAGCUAAACCGCAGACACCACAGAGGAGAUGGCUCGUCCAGGAUCAGGGUUGCUGGUGCCUGUCAAUGGGCUGGGGUACCCCCCUCAGAACCUGGCCAGGGUGGUGGUCUGGGAGUGGUUGAAUGAACAUGGGCGCUGGAGGCCCUACACUGCGGCGGUUUGCCAUCAUAUUGAGAAUGUACUAAAGGGGGAUGCCCGGGGUACCGUGGUUCUAGGGCAGGUGGAUGCCCAGCUCUCUCCUUACAUCAUCGACCUGCAGUCCAUGCAUCAGUUUCGACAGGACACAGGCACCAUGAGACCAGUGCAGAGGAACUUCUAUGAGCCGUCAUCCGCCCCAGGGAAAGGCGUGGUGUGGGAGUGGGAGAAUGACAACGGUUCGUGGACACCGUAUGACAUGGAAAUCUGCGUGACCAUUCAAAACGCCUACGAGAAGCAGCACCCCUGGUUGGACCUGACCUCUCUGGGCUUCUGCUACCUCAUCGACUUCAACAGCAUGUCUCAGACCAACAGGCAGAGCCAGCGCAAGCGACGCCUGCGGAGACGCAUGGACCUUGCUUACCCUCUCAUCAUGGGUUCCAUCCCCAAGUCGCAGUCCUGGCCUGUGGGAGCCAGCUCCGGACAGCCCUGCUCCUGCCAGCAGUGCAUCUUGGUCAACAGUACGAGAGCCGCCUCUAAUGCUAUUCUGGCUUCUCAGCGACGAAAGCACUACGGAGGCACAGCGGGCAACCCGGGUGCCACAGGAACCCUGACGGUAGUGCGGCAGAGUAACACCUUUGCUGGAACCUCCCUCUGGUCUCCGACAUCCGCCUCCUCCGGCACCAACAACAAUAACAUAAGUAUGGGAGGCGGACAUGCCAAAGCUGAACAGGUGCAGUUGCCACUGUCCACUGCCAACUUCCCCUGUUCCCCCGUGAUGCCAUCUCUUUCAUCCGCCCAUGGCCACCACGCUCUCACCAUCAACGGACAGAACAACCUGAACCGACCGGGCACCCAGCGCAUUUCAGUGGGCACUGCCAGAGGAGCCAUCCCACCAGGGGUUCCUGCACUCCCAGUAAAGAACCUGACUGGAUCUGGACCAGUGCACCCAGCACUAGCAGGUAUGACAGGUAUCCUGAUGUGCGCUGCAGGUCUGCCGGUUUGCCUGACUCGGGCCCCCAAGCCCAUCCUGCACCCACCACCCAUCAACAAGAGCGACAUGAAGCCGGUGCCGGGGAUCAACGGCAUGCGACGCAAAACUAAGAAAAAGCACCUGAGGAGGGGGAAAAACCCAGAGGAUGUGGUGCGAAGAUACACAGAGAAGAUUAAAGUGGUGCCAGACGAGGACUGUACCAUCUGCAUGGAGAGGCUGGUCAUGUCAUCGGGCUAUGAAGGCGUCCUGCAGCACAAAGGCAUCAAGCCAGAGCUGGUGGGCAAACUUGGCAAGUGUGGGCACAUGUACCAUCUGCUGUGCCUGGUGGCCAUGUACAACAAUGGCAAUAAGGAUGGCAGUCUUCAGUGCCCAACAUGCAAGACCAUCUAUGGGGAGAAAACAGGCACUCAGCCUCCUGGGAAGAUGGAGUACCACGUCAUCCCCCACUGCCUGCCCGGCUAUUCAGACUCCAAGACCAUCCGCAUCGUCUACGACAUUCCUGCUGGCAUCCAGACCAACGAGCACCCCAACCCCGGGAAGAAGUUCAGUGCAAGAGGGUUCCCCCGACACUGUUACCUCCCCGACAACGAGAAAGGCAGGAAGGUCCUGAAGUUGCUGAUCAUGGCCUGGGACCGUCGCCUCAUCUUCACUAUCGGCACGUCCAGCACCACAGGCGAGUCAGACACAGUGGUGUGGAACGAGAUUCACCACAAGACAGAAUUCGGCUCCAACCUGACAGGCCACGGCUACCCAGACCCUAACUACCUGGACAACGUCCUGACAGAGCUGUCGGCCCAGGGGGUCGGCGAGGCCAACCUGAAGGACUGAGGACCAGCUGAGCUGGUACGCAGGAGCUAACCCACCAUGCCCCGUCGUCUCCUAGAGAGCAGGCACACUGCAUGACGGGCCAACAUGUAGCUGGCAACUCUUUACUCCCCACAAACAAAAAGACCUUGCAGAUGUGGUGGCACAAGAGCAACAGAAACAAAAUAAAUGAUGUAAUGGUUAUGAUCAAUUUUUUGAUUUCUAUAACCUAACAAGAUUUCCCCCCAUGCUGUCUUUUGAUCCAUGCCAUGAGCAUGUUGCCUUCAUGCCAAAUUUUCUCAGAGGAUCGAGGAAUGUAAAGACAUGGUUUUGAUGUUGUUAGGAAAAUGGUCGUUAACCCUUUUUAGAUUCAAACUGAAGCUACUCCUCUGCAGUUGGAGUAAAAUGAUGAGGGGCUAAAACAGUUUAAAGGCAUAUUUAAAAAUGCUGAUCUCCAGAUUGCAUGGCCCAGACUAACGCUGCAUAAUGAAUGUUGAGCGAAUAUCUGCAAUAGGCUGAGGUGCCAUUGGAUGACUUGAUAUUGUGAAGCUUAAUAUUGUAAAGAUACAUUCAAGAGAAUUUCAGAAUUUGGAUUAUUUGCCCCCCCCCCCCCCCCAUUUUCUCUAAUAAUUAAUAUUGUUCUGUAACAAUGUGGUGAGACUUGGUUUUGUGACUUUGAGAUGGAAUGAGAGGAUUUUGGCUGGAACAGUGAGUAGAACUGAGUGAAGGUGAUGUGACUUAAGAUUGCACUGGGUUUCUCUGACAUUUUCCACUCCUGAUACACACAGGUCAGUCGUUCUGUAAAAGGAAGGUGCGCUCUGUAGUGCAUGAGAUCGAUUCUGAAUAGAGCUUAAAGGCUAUGACAUGUAAGUGUUUGAUGAUAAAUGUAUGUUGUAUGGUUAACCUUGUCGACUGUCUGUGAGAGGAGGCGUGAAAUAGAUGAAACAAGCGUCUUACCAGUCAGUUUGACGCUUGUUUAGAGGUGUUGUAACUUCGAAGGCUGCGGUCGGGAAGCGAGAUUUGCUUCGCUUCAAGGUUAAACUCAUGUUUUUUGUUGACGCACUGAUGACACUGACCUCUGUGAAUAUAAAGCCUGCAUUAUUAUUCUCCCUGUUGGAGCAAACCCAGGCAUUGGCACGAUCCAUCAUGUUGACCGUACAUGGGUGUACGACUGCAUGCUCUGAGGCAUUAAUAUGCUGGCUUUAAGUCCUUGAGGAGAGAAGCUGAAUGCGCUUCUCACAGAUGGACGUUCAGUUUCCCCUCAGAGAUUCAUCUUGGGCAGCGCUGCCCUCCAGCUCGCCUGCGAUCUACAAGUCCCCUGUGAGCUUAUUUGCUGUCAGACGGUGCGCUGGGCUCUACUGCUUUCUUAUAUAGGGAGCAGUGAAACAUCUCAUUCCCAGCGUGAGCUCACUCAGAGUUGUUAGGGCCCAUCCUGAUGUAUGGCCUCUUCCACCACUGUUCCUCCUCCCCCCCUUAGCAGCAGAAGAGCAGGAACCAUACAAAUGUUGGUCUAGUUUGUUCGCUGGCUGUUGAUGCGUCACUUGGAACUAUUUUUUCCUAUACGCUCUUUCCCCGUCAGAUUUUUAUGCCUGUGAGCUAAAGACUUUUUGAAGGUCCUUGGUGGAGAUCUUGUGAUGUUUCUUUGCUCUGAGAUAAAAGAUAACCCAGUGCUGCAUAAUUAUCCAUGAAUAUAUCUGAUCAAUUUUAAUGAGCGGGGGGAUGUUGAUGUAAGGUUUAACGUGUUGGCACCCAGCUGCAGGCUUAAUUUUGGAGUGAAUCAUAGUCUUCCAUAGCACUUUGAGGCAACGGUUUUGUUUAAUCGAUUGUUUCAUUUUUAGGAAAAGGUCUUAAAUUGUAUUUGCAACAACAAAAUCUGUUUCUUUUUUUUAAGUUGACAUUUAUAAACUGGCUUGCAAUGCUCUGAAUAAAAAAAAAAUAUAUAUAUAUAUGAUAUACAUUUGCAGAUGUGAUAUACCUUGAAAUUCAAGCUCAAUUUGAGUCUAUGGUGUUAGUGUAAUUUAUUUUUAUACUCUUCUAUAUAGAAAAUAUACAAAUACCGACUGACCCACAUACGUAUCUAUACACAGGCACAUAUUAACAUCAAUACAUAAAAUCUGGCAAAGAUGAAUUUGUCAGUAUGUCAGGGACUGUUGAAAUAUGUAAGACAUGUUAUGGACGUCUAAUAUUACAAGUAGUCUUAGCGUAUGCUGCUGUCGUUACCUUAAUGUAGAAUCUGUGUAGUUGAUCGCCUGUGGGACUCCCAAUAAAUACAGUAAAUGUGUCUUUAUUAUUGGGUGGGGAGCUUUAGCAGCAUGAAGAUGUCCGUUUCCCCCCAAAUGGGCCAUUUCUCUUUUUCUACUUUGUCCAGAUCAUGGGAAUUGAUGCAGUCAGCAGUGUUUGUUCAGCCUGAAGGAGAAAACAGCAGGACUGGGAUAAAUAUCAGCUGAAAAUAUUCUUAGAGUUGUGUUAGAUAACUGGAGCGACAGAUGGGUGGGAUUUACCUCAGUUUGUUGCCAAUCAUAGAUCAAUACACUGACUUAAAUUGUUUUAAAGGCCCUGAAAACCUAUUUUCUCAAUCAGGAAAUUUCAGAACUCACCAGAAACUACAGUUCUGUUUUAUUGUUGUCCUCAAGUCUGUCUUCUUUCCCUUUUAUGUAGAUCUCUCUGGAAGUCCUGGGAUAGGGUUGUAAAUUUGUAAAAAUGUUGUCAUGUGGACUGGGCGAAUCUGCAUUUAAACAAGCCUGCUCAUGUCUUUCCAUUGAUUUUUUUUGUGAAAUUCAACACACUUUUCUCUUUUCACAAGUUUUAAGCGGGCUGGACUCUGUUGGAAAAAAGAUGAUGUCAUAUAGCUCUGAUCACCAAUCAGAAUUCAGCAACCAUUUAAUCAAAAUCUGAUGUCAGUUAGUGGUUGUUCGCUUACAUUGUCUGAGCAUUGUUAAUCAAUCAAACCACACCAACACAGUCCUGUUUAGGCAGAUUAGCUGAGUGUUCUUUUAAUAUAUAUAUUUAAACCAAGUUUUCAGGGGCUUUAAACUAUUUUUCUGUGGUUUUUUGGCAGUUUAUUUGGUCUUAAACUCAAAUUUGGUGUUUUAGCCACACAUGCUAAACCAAACAACUAAAAAGUAUUUGUAACACCUGGGUCAGAAUCCCUAAUUCUGAUCCAGGUGUUGAAAACACCCGAUGUGUUUCAUCUCAAGUUUUCUCCUUCACAACUUUUUGACACCCUUUAUAACUUGGGACAGCAGGAGAGAAUGCUUCCAAACUAUCAGGGAUUUUUCCAUGUCAAGUGCAGUUUCAUUAACAAGAGAAAUCCAAAUGUUUCCUUCUUCAGCUUUUCCUUUUCACGUGUUGGUCUUGUAAUAUGAACGAUGCAGGCCCUUUAGACUUUUCAGGUGUGUACAGACUUACUGUAUAUGGGAAUGAUGAAUAAAACACGGUUUGGUAUUUAUGUGAUUAAGAAAGAGAGAGAUAAUGUUUAUGCAAUUUACUAUUUUUAAGAUCCAAUACAUGAUUUAUGUGUAGCAAGAAGGCUGAUUUAUUGGGUUUAAAUGACUUUUUCUUUAUGGGGUUACCUCCAUGUUUCUUAAAAAAAAAAAAAAGGAGGGGGGGGGGGAUUCAAGGAUGUUCACAAGCUAUGUUUUAGAAAACAUAUAUUUUUGAUGUCUUUUUUUUAAAUGAUUGUCUUUAAAAGAACUCUUGCAUAACAUUGCUGUAUCACUCUUAUUAAGAUUCAUUCCAUACUAUUUUCCAUUUGAUUAGAAGUGGGAUAAGAGAUGAAAUCACUUUGUCCUGAUGUAUGAAGUAUUUACAGUUGUACCCUGUCAUAGUGUCCACAGCAAACUGUACUUCUCUCUCUCUAAAUGAUACCUUAACAUUUUUGUGUGGAUAUACUGUACGUUUGUACCUUGUCUGUGUGAAUGUGUGCCGAGUGUGCAUCUAGUAAACAAAUCUUAGGUUCAUGUCCUUUAAAGAUACAGUAAUGUUCUCCUAGAGGUGCAUGUAAACCGAACUGUGAGCAAGUUUAUUGACAAUGCAUAGCUUUUGCGUAUGAAUACAUCAUAUAGCUUCUUUAGAGAUGUCCCCCAGGUCUUCUGGUGAUUUAGCACUGUGGUUUGCAUCUUUAAAUCCAGUUAGUUAGAAAGGUUUUUCCUCUACCAGGUUUGAUUUACACAGAUGGGGACGAGACAGCGUUUGGCAGCUCUCCUCACUCUUUCGACAACAUGUGAAACAUCUGAAUGUUUUGCAUUUUUAAGUGCCCAUUUGAAUUGACAUUUUCCAAUCAUGAUUUUGUGGUUUAACUUUGAGUUGUCUUAAGCAGUGUCUACAUGUUGCUAUUUGAGACGGUUCACAAAGAGAAACAGAGCAUCAACUAAAAGGAAGAUAUAGAGAGACAUUGAUUAAACUAUAAAGGGCUUCUUAAUCUAUCAGUCUUUAUUGAAUUGUGAUGACCUUGUUGCAUGUUUGUGUGUUUCUUGUGGAAAAAUAAAUGUGCCCUCGACAGGGGUAAUUUGUUUGA